AUGCUGUCCCCAAGCACUGAAGUCCAAUAUGCAUCUCCCCGCAAGGAGGAGUACUCGACCAUCAAGCUCGAGCCCGCCCCACUCAGUAGGCGCAUCAGCGAAAACAGCUCCCGGGUGAGUGAUGAGAAUGGUGGCGGAGAGUCCGAACCCCGGAAAAAGUCUGUUCCUGCGGCCCCGAGCCAGUGGCUAACUUAUCUGGAAUUCUCCAAGUUUGGGCACAUGGAAAGCAAGCCUAAGUUCUGGAGGGCUGACCGUCAGCCGCAAGCUAGCCCGAUGUCCGCAAAUUCUGCCUCCCCUACGUCACCUAAGCCACUGCGGGCACCGACUCCCGGGGCUGCGACACCCUCAACUGCUAGUUCUCGCAUGUCCCGUGAGCGACAGUCUUCGCAGACACCUGACGUCGAGAUGGAGAAGCUGUCUCUGGAGAGGAAGGCGUUCACCGAAGAACCGCCUUCCCCGCCUGCAAAUGCACCCAGCCCCGAUCUUGGCAAGGCUGCUCGCCCCAUCUCACAGAGUGCUUCUCCGCCCCUCCGAUCUCCGGCGCACGUCCUCCGUCAGCAACCCCAGCAUCAGAAUCACGCAAAUGUCUUGAACUCACAAUCACGCAAACCCAAAAGGAUGCCCCAGCUCAUAACAUCACUCCCCUCGCCGCGGCGCCAUGUCUCGCAACCCUUCAGCGAUAAGGUUUACGCCACUUCGACGCAGGCGCACUCGGCGCACCCUUGUCAUGGUGGCCAUUCGCACCUCUCCCCUCAGUCCAAGUCGCCGGUAUAUGGCCCUCGACCCGCAUCAUCGUUUGAGUACGCCAGGGCGCAUGGCCCGUCAAUGCAUGGGCCGAUGUCCGCAAGUGUGCUAAGCCCCAUCGUUCGAACCUCUCAUCGAUACUCGCCUUAUGCGCCGCCGCCGACCGCGCCACCGACGCCGGUGCGUACUGGAUUUAUCCUAACGUCGCCCACGACGAGCGUGAAGGGGAAGCACCUCGUGCUCGUCUCCUCCGACAUGGCGGAGAAGAUGCGGCGCGGGGGCGUUAUUCAGUUCCAAUCCCAAGAUGGCAAGGAGUAUCAUGCACGGCAAUCAGAAGUACCUGGGGUGGCCGAACAGACUGCUCUCCUGAGCCAGCUCGCGGAGGGAGCGUCAGGCAAGACGUUCAAGUACCAGGCUGCCGACGAGGCGAUGGACGUCGAGGAGGAUACCAGCCCAGCGAGUGUCGCGAGCACUCGGAGGGGGCGAGAUGUGCGAGAGGUGCGGGAGCUGAGGGAGCGGCGCUCGCCGUUGCUGCUUAGCCCGCCGCAAGUUGAUCCGGUCGUUGCCGCAACCUUGGCCGCUGAGCGCGAGUACCUCAGGGAGCGGGAACGGAUGCUGGCCGUACGCGAACGAGAGAUGGCGGAGCGGGCGCACAUCCUCCAGUACGAGCGUGAGUACGAGCGCGUCUACGAGGAGCGCCAGCGCCAUUUCGCUGCGCACCCAUAUUACCCGCGCUAUGCUGAGCGGGAGAUGCGCCCAGUCGCCCACGCCCAGGUCGGCCACUGGGAUUCCAAAAUUGACCAUCCGCGCGCCGGCCGCCAUCCCAUUGUCUAUGCAACUCGCCCGCCCCGCUCCAUCACGCCCCGCGGGCCGCCUCGAUCGUCUUCGCGCUGA